UACCGAUAACGCGAAUAAUGAUCGAAGAGGAGGAUAUAGCAUAAUUAUAUCGCUACAUACGUAUACUAUUUAUCUACACUAGCUGGAUUAACGAAUUAUUUUAUGGUGUAGGAAUCUAUUGCCUGAUCGAGAGAAAACAACAACAACAUCAAAACAUAUCGUCUUGCAAUAACUUAUUAACAUUGGAUUGAAGAAAGACAUUCUUUGUACAUGUACUAGCAACUUGUAACAAUAUUUCAUCUUUUAGCUGAACGUCACCGAGAAUAAUCGUGAGUGUAUAAAUCAUCAACAGCAACUUCCAACUCGUGGCACGGAAGUCUAUUUUCAACGCGGGGAAAUUAAUAUGAUUGCCACAUAAUCAAUGCCUUCGGUUGUUCUAUAAACAGGAUUGGUACUUCUUUUGUUUUCAGCACGUUCUUCACGUAGCAUCUAUAUUUUUCGUGGUGCUGUUUAACUACCGGGAUACGUGAUAUAAGUUUCGGUUUACAUCGAUAUAUCAACUCCUGUACCUGUUCAGCGCUAAGAAGACCACCGCAAGUGUCGACACUGACUAGAAAAAUCUGCCUUGUGGAGAUAAUAAAGUGGAUAUAAACCUUCGAAACCCUUUUUAAGUUUCAGCAAUAGAGUUGAUCCAGUAAGAUCUAAUUAAUUAUACUUCUGUUGGACAGGUAUCUGUGUUUAGUGCAUGGUUAAACUAUAAUUUGCGACCGAUAGAUCAUCUUAAUUUAUGCACCUUUGUUCUAUAGAGAUAUAAGAUUUCAGAGUCAUAUUUCAUCACUUCGUGUAUCCGUAGACAAACCUUCUACCAGUCAUGUCUUCGGAGAAACCAGCUGAUGGAGAAAACAUGGCCGCCAUGGGGGCACCCCCUCCCUACUCCCCCGGAGAAGCGGGUCCUCCUCCCGCCGGGGCACCGUACCCUCCCCCCGCCGGGGCUCCGUACCCGCCUCCCGCCGGGCGCCGUACCCUCCACCGCCAGGCUUUAAUCCUGAUUAUUACCCAGCCGCCGGCGCCUAUCCACCCCAACCGGGCAUGCCGCAGGCCGGGGCCCCCUACAUGCAGCAAACCGUAGUCCCACCUGCUCCCCAGACCAUCACCGUCACCUCACACCAGGCCCCCAUGGUGGCUAUCGUGGACCAGUGCCCCAACUGCAAGAUCGGUGCCCUCCACGAGCAGUUCACCCCGUUUGGCAUCCUCUGCGCCAUUUUCUUUUUCCCAAUCGGAUUAAUCUGUUGCUUGAUGUCACGUCAUAAGAUGUGCCCUGUCUGCGGGACCGUCUUCCAUGGUCGCUAGAUGGUUGUCACAAGAACACUGAAAUAAUUUCGGGGUUACAGUCAUGAAGUUGAAAAUAAAGUUGGUUUUAACAAAUUGGAGAUUAAAAAAAGAGAAAUUGUAUCACUCCACUAUUUAAGACUUCAUUAAAUCUGUUAAUCUAUAUGAAGGGAAGUGUGGUGGCCUAUUAGUACAGUCAAACCUGUCUAAAGCGACCGUCUAAUGAAAACACAAAAAGUUGUCUUUGUAGACAGGUGGUCUUUAAAGACAGGUUCCU